AUGUAUCCCCAAACGUCUUACGCCAUCCAAAGUACAGCUGGAGCUGUUCCAGUUAAAAAUGAAAAAGGUGAAAUUUCCAUGCAAAAAGUAAAAGUUCACCGAUACAUAUCUGGCAAACGACCGGACUAUGCCCAAGAGGCGCACUCAGACAGCGACAGCAGCGACGAUGAUUUCAUUGAACGAAGAAAUCACCUAAAUUUGCCAGGAUCUCCCGAGCCUAGCCGAAAUGACAAUGAUGAAGAAGAUGAUUUGAACGAUCCCCGGUUGAGGAGAUUGAAAAUAGCUACUACUGAUGUGGAAGUACGACCUGAAAGAAAAAGGCACAUUGUCCAGCCCGAGAUGUUGGAGUCUUCCGAUGAUGAAGAACUACCGGAAGAGGUUCAUUUACCGGAAAACAAACAUACGCUCGAAGCUGGUCCAGAUGAGGACGAAUCGGAAGCUGAACUUAGCGAUACAGAAAUCGAAAGAAAGAGAGAAAUGUUGAAGCAGAAGGUAUUAACUAAGCAGGAAGAAGAAUUCAUGUUAAAAGAAGAAGAGAAAGAUGUUUCUUCCGAAGAAUCGUCCGAGUACGAAGAAUAUUCCGAAUCUGAAGAAGAAACAGGCCCUAGGUUGAAACCGGUUUUCGUUAGAAAAAAAGAACGAGUGACUAUAAUAGAAAAAGAAAAGGAGGUUUUGAAACAGAAAAAAAUGGAAGAAGAUUUGCAACACCAAGCCGAAGAACGUAGAAGACAAACACUGAAAAUGGUAGAAGAUUCGAUACGUAAAGAACAAAACAAAGACAAAACUAUUAACGAACCGCAUAUUAAUGACGUUUGCACUGACGAUGAAAAUGACGAAGUUGAAUACGAAGCGUGGAAGUUGAGAGAAUUAAAACGAAUUAAAAGAGAUCGAGAAGAACGAGAGGCUUUAGAAAAAGAAAAACUAGAUAUAGAAAAACUGAGGACAAUGUCAGAGGAAGAAAGGAGAAUCCAAUUGAGAUUGCUGCCCAAGGCUGUGACGAAUAAAGCGGUUAAAGGAAAGUACAAGUUCCUUCAAAAGUACUACCACAGAGGAGCCUUCUAUUUGGACAAAGAAGACGAUGUGUACAAGCGAGACUUUGCCCAGGCCACUCUCGAAGAUCACUUCGAUAAAACCAUUUUACCUAAAGUUAUGCAAGUCAAAAACUUUGGUAGGUCCGGCAGAACCAAAUACACCCAUUUGGUCGAUCAAGAUACGACUCAAUUCGAUUCGCCUUGGACGAUGGAAAAUGCUCAGAACAUUAAAUUCCACUCGCAACAAUCCGCUGGAAUGAAGCCGGUGUUUGAAAAACCCUCGCUUAAAAAAAGGAAAAUUCAAUGA